CUGCGCGCGUCGCGUGCGGUUGUGGUCGCUCGCUCACCUCAUCGCCUCGACAAACGUGGUAUUCUGAACUCGCAACACACCUCAGUGUUCUGGCACACAGUGAUCCGUAUGCGCGUUUCUACAUACAUUGCGCAGUUUCUCUCGAAAAAAAAUAUAGUAUGCGAAUGCGACGCUUUUGUUUGUUCAACACGAAAACGAGUGAAAUGUUAUUGUUGAUUUAUUGAUCUGCGACAGUUUCUUCGGCUUUGGACAUACUUCAUGAGGGACUGGUCAUCUAUAUCUUUUUAAGGAACUUCCUUCUCCCCCUUCAACAGUUAUGAUUAUUAGAAUAUCAUGGCUUCUGCAAGCAUUCGUUUCCAUACUUAUUGCAGUGAUAUCAGGUAGCCCUAUAUUCUUUCAGGAGAACGGUAGAUAUGGAAAAGCUUUAAUAAAAUGGAGGCCACCUAUGGACAAUUGGAAUUGGACAGAGUCUCCUCGCCACGAGGAGCCAUUUUUCAUGCCUGCCAACUUUACACACAAACUACCGCCUUCAGCCAACGAAACAGAACUGAUAGCACAUAUGGCUGCUUUAAAAAGAAAUUAUUCCCGACUCCUAUGGGAUAGCGACAAGAGCUCCAACUUGCCACUAUUCGUGGAUAAAGCAUUAAAAUUACUAAAUUUAAAACAGGUCUACUAUGAAGUGGAAACCUCCGUUAUGUCGAAAGUGUCGUGUACGGCAUGUAAGGCGGGAGCAGGCUUAUUACAGCACUAUAUCAAGCUCGGCAAGAGCAAAGAAGAAAUUAUCAAAAUGAUCUUUCAAUUUUGCGUUUCGCUCAACAUUCAGUCGACACGAGUGUGUGAAGGCGUAACGAGACUUUUUGGAAGUGAGGUCGUAUACGUUUUAAAGCGUAUAACAAUUGGUCCUAACGAAAUAUGCAGUUUCGUAAUAGGUGACGCUUGUGGCGAUGUCUACAACCCAUACCACGAUUGGGAAGUAUCGUUCCCGCCGGUACCGAAGCCUCUUGUUCGACCUCUGAACGUCCCGGUGGAUAAAGCUCCGACAUUCAAAGUCUUACAAAUAUCUGAUACUCACUUUGAUCCUUACUAUGCAGAAGGUGCGAAUGCGGAAUGCAACGAGCCAUUAUGCUGCCGGGCUUCCAGCGGCCCUGUGAUGACGCCGGGCGGAGGCGCCGGCCGUUGGGGAGAUUACCGCAAGUGCGACACUCCUAAACGGACUAUAGACCACAUGCUCAAGCAUAUUGCGGACACACACAAUGAUAUUGAUUACAUAUUAUGGACAGGCGAUCUGCCACCUCAUGAUGUGUGGAAUCAAACGAGAGAGGAAAAUCUUAAAGUUCUACAAGAGACUGUCGCUCAGAUGUCCGACAUGUUCCCUGGUGUCCCUAUAUUCCCUGCUCUUGGUAAUCACGAGGCUUCCCCGGUUAACAGUUUUCCGCCGCCUUUUAUCUCGUCUUCGGAGUCUAGCAUCUCCUGGCUUUACAAUGAGCUUGACGCGCAAUGGCGAAGGUGGCUGCCGGCUGGCGUCUCGCAUACGGUCCGCCGCGGGGCCUUCUACUCCGUCCUCGUGCGCCCUGGGUUUCGCAUCAUAUCGCUCAACAUGAACUACUGUAACAAUAAGAACUGGUGGUUACUAAUGAAUAGUACUGAUCCUGCGACGGAGUUGCAGUGGCUCAUAUACGAAUUGCAAUCAGCAGAAUUCAGCGGUGAAAAAGUCCAUCUGAUAGGCCACAUACCACCAGGUCAUUCGGACUGCCUAAAAAUAUGGAGUAGGAAUUACUAUGCAAUCAUCAACCGAUACGAAUCGACAAUUACCGCUCAGUUUUUCGGACACACUCAUUACGAUGAGUUUGAAGUUUUUUAUGAUCCGAAUGAUCUUGGUAGAGCUACAAGUAUAGCUUACGUCGGCCCUUCAGUAUCACCGUACUAUGACCUGAAUCUGGGGUACAGAAUAUAUUACGUGGACGGUGACCACGAUGCAACAACGAGACAAGUAAUCGACCACGAGACCUGGAUCAUGAACCUCAAGGAGGCCAACCUGUUCGGGUACCCGAUCUGGUACAAGCUAUACUCCGCACGGUCAGCAUACUCCAUGCAGGCGCUGCGGCCGCUCGACUGGGACAAGUUUAUUGACGAGAUGACCGGGCGCGAUGACUUGUUCAACUUAUAUUACAAACACUACUGGAAGAACAGUCCUCGGCGAGGAACCUGCGAUGGGGAAUGUCGGAAGCGACUGCUUUGCGACGCUCGAUCCGGACGAUCGCAUGACCGCCGAGCGCUGUGUGGGCAAAUCGAAGCCCGCAUCGAUGGCGCUGCGCCGGCGCCGCAAACAUGGCGUGCUUGGUUCUACAACGGACUCUCUGUUUCCCCUAGUGUACAGCAAGUAUGAUCGGUGAUGGAUUUACUUAAUUCUGUCGCGCACGCUAACUACCUAUUAAGGUGUGUAUAUAGUGGCGAGUUGAUAAGGUACUUCAUAGGUUUUCAUGAGCCUGUGAACUUAUAAUGUUAUCACUAGGAAAAUUUAACAUUGAGCUUGAUUGUAUUGAUAUUUGCACUGAUUCAAAUUAAAGAACUAGCUCAAUAUAUUAUCCGAAGAUUUAAAGAUGCAUUUUAUGGUGUAUAUUUUUUUUAAAGAAAAGUAACAUUUUCAACUGUGCAUGGAGAGGCCCAUAAUAUGCAAUUACAAAUGUUUAACAUUUAAAAUUAAAAAUAUUUUUUAUAUAUUUUAAAGUUUUAGAAAGGUUUUAAAGGUGAACCUUGUUAAGAACAAUACAUAUAAAUGAAGACAAUUUACACUGUUAUACGUAAAACAUACUUUCUGUUCUUAAACGAUGGCCAUGGGCUAAUCCGUGCACUUCUGACUCUGAUCGUAUAAUAGAUGUCAAUUUAUUUUUAACAUAACAUAUAAUUACAUCUAUAUCCCCUGCGGGCGGACAGAGCCAAUAGUCAUGAAAAGAAUGAAAGGCCACGUUCGGCUGUUUGGCUAAAUGAUAGAAUUAAGAUUUAAAUAGUGACAGGUCGCCUAAAAGAGGAAGCCCAAAUAUUUAUAUAUUCCCGUAGUCGCCUUUUACAACAUUCAUGGGAAAGACAUGGAAAUGCUUACAUUUUUUUUUGUUACUUAGAAUAUUGUUGAUGUGAAUAUAAAACCAAUUAAUGAUAUAUUCCAGGAUGUCAAUGAUAAUGAAAUUACCCGAAGUCGCGUAUCAAAUACCAAAGUUUGUGAUGGGACUUGGCUGACAGAUAUGUCCGUGAUACUUUGAGCAAAACCUAUAACAGACCACCACCGGAUUAGCCAUUACAGAUAUUUAUUUAUAAUUAAUCGUUAUGAUUAUUCGAAGUUUUAAUUGGUUCCUUGUUAAUUGAAGGUGUUAUUGAACUCUCGAAUAAAAUGUACCUAUGAUAAACGGUGGAAUAACUUGGAGCCUAAUUGUUAUUUUAUAAGAUUUCUACUUUUGUAAAUACUUUAAUGUAAA